GCCAGGCGUUGAUUAUCCAAUUAAUGGCAGGUGUUUGAUUUGCAUAAAAAGGCUGUGUCGAAUAGAAGCGGAAUUUAUAGUGGCUCCAAAGAUUGAUAACUAAACGUGUCUGGCGAUGGACGCAGUAAAUCAACCCAUCGAAUUUGAGCAGUUCUUGCAAUUUAUCCACUAUCAGGAAUUUUUCAACUUGCUGCACUUCAAAUUCGCCCGCAAUGAAAAUGGACGCUUGUUUAAUAAGUCGGAUUUAUUUUUCUAUACGACUUUUUUAUUUGCUGACACCGUUUUCCUUGGCGGCAACGCAUACGACAUAUUAAAAUCGCUGCACCUGGGCGAGCCUUCCCAUCAAAAUCCGCCCAUGCUUACAAUGGGAUUUUAUUUCGUAAUUCGCGGCGUAUCGCUCUUCAUUAAGCGUCACGAUAUGAUCGAUUUUCUGAACGACUUGGAUAAGGAAUUUCCACGCGACUUGCAGGAGCAGAUGGUGGUCGGUGUCGACGUGGUGUUCAAACAAUUUCAGCAGCGACGAAAAUUCUUGUCAUUAUAUUUUGAUAUGAGUUUAUUCCUCUUCUGUUUAGCACCUCCGAUUACCUAUAUAAUCACCUAUGAGGAUCGCAAUGCGCCGAUAUUGCUUGAACAUCAGUUGAUUGGCGGUUAUCUGCCCUUCGAUCUGAGGCAGAAUCAUGCGAUAUAUCCGUUAGUGUGGAUAUAUGAUGUAUAUGCUGUGCUAGUGGGUGUUGCCUUCUUCAACAGUUUCGAUACUAUGUUCUAUGGGAUACAUACGCAGAUCAUAAUGCAUCUGGAUUACUUAAGCAGGCAGUUUGAGGCCAUCGAUGCCGAGGAUAGCUCGACUGAUUGGUUCUAUGAACAUAUCUUCGGAUUGAUUCGACGUCAGCAGCAGCUCAAUAUGAUUUGUGAUAAGUUCAAUGAUAUUUUUAAGUUGGCAAUCCUCAUGACGGAUCUUGUGGCCGCCGCUUCGUUAUGUUUCCAUUUGUAUCUGCUGACAGAUGUGAAGGAUCCGGGAAUGAUUUUCAAAGAGGUGUUGGUCACUUUGAGUUUGAUCGCAUUUACUUUUGACACUUGUCUAAGAGGCACACAGCUGGAGGAUGCCUCCGCUCGCUUAAAUGAGGCUAUUUACAAUCAAAACUGGUAUAUGGGCAGCAAGAAGUACCGUAAACUGUUUCUAAUCUGGCUUAAAUACACACAAUGUACCAAAAAGAUUACAGCCUAUGGCUUAAUGGAUGUCAACAUGACGCACUUUUCUGAUAUUAUGCAGCUGGCCUAUCGACUCUUCACAUUUCUCAAUUCACGACAAUAGACCUGAUCCAGGCUAUAUUUGUAGUUUUUGUGGGGCACUUAGCCGCUUUAAUCUCAAUUAACAUUUAAUUGUUUAAUCGUAAUGUUAAAUAUUUGUCACAAUUUG